UUUUCGUUCCGGGCCCCCCCUGCGUCCGUGUGUCAUUACAGUAGCAGUCAAGUUGCCGGAGAGUAAACCACAGCAUGACGCUGAGGACACAAGUGCUGAAGACGCGUUUAAAGUAACACCCACAAUGGAGCCGAACACAAGGAAGUUCGUGAGCAUUAACAUCUCGACGAAGCAAGAAGUGAUCUCUCCGCACAUACGAACGACGGAGGAGCUGUACGUGCUGGGUUUGAACCUGGGGAAAUUUUCACGCAGCGUGCAGUUCCUCAUCUGCUUGGGAGGAGUCUUCGUCUUCUACCUCAUCUAUGGUUACCUUCAGGAACUCAUCUUCUCUGUGGAGGGCUUCAAGCCCUUUGGCUGGUACCUGACCCUUGUGCAGUUUGCUUACUACUCGCUGUUUGGUCUUGUCGAGCUGAAAAUAAAAAGCAAUAAACAGAGGAGGAUUCCUCUACGGACCUAUUUCCUGAUUGCCUUUUUGACUGUCGCGACAAUGGGACUGUCAAACACAUCUCUUGGUUACCUGAAUUACCCAACACAAGUGAUAUUUAAGUGCUGUAAACUUGUUCCAGUCAUGAUUGGAGGUGUGCUUAUCCAAGGGAAGAGGUACACCCUGGUGGAUGUGUGUGCGGUGAUCUGUAUGAGCCUGGGCCUCAUAUGGUUCACCCUCGCAGACAGCAAAGUCGUCCCCAACUUCAACAUAACGGGUGUUGCAUUGAUACUGCUUGCACUCUGUGCUGACGCAGCGAUUGGCAAUGUGCAAGAGAAAGCCAUGAAAGAGUUUAGUAGCUCCAACUCGGAAAUGGUACUCUACUCCUAUUCCAUCGGAUUUGUGUAUCUGUUUUUUGGAAUCGGACUAUCAGGAAGCUUCAGUACAGCCUUUACAUUUUGUUACCAGCAUCCGUUUCAGACAUAUGGCUACGCACUGAUCUUCUCUAUCAGUGGGUACUUGGGAAUUUCAUUCGUACUGGCUUUGAUUAAACUGUUUGGAGCACUUGUAGCAGUCACAGUUACAACUGGGAGAAAGACCAUGACAAUUGUGCUGUCCUUCAUGUUUUUCUCAAAACCCUUCACUAUACACUACGUAUUCGCGGGAGCGGUGGUAGUGUUGGGGAUUUCUAAUUUCUACAGCAAAAAUUCGGACAAGAUCAACUGUGCCAUGUUCUACAACCUGUGGACUUUCCUGACAAAGAAACGCACGAGCUUUUCUCACACCGUGUGACGUGUAAAAAAUACAUGGGGGUAUGCAAUGACGACGGUGCCGCUAUAUUUUUAAAUGAUUUUACUCGUCUUAUUCGGUGGAACAAUGGCCAUUACGCCAACGGUGUUUGAAUAUAUUUGUUCGUAUCUUAGUUUUAUAGUCAUCUCAGUUUUCACUCGUACACGGCCUCUUCCCCUAAUUCAGCGAAUCCCUUCUCGUCGGCUGUCUCGUUUAAAAUUAGUUGCCGUAAAAUAUCAGCUGCUUUUGUGGCCCGUUCUACAUCCCCCCCCCCCCCUCGUCCAACUCUACACAUUCAGUGUUGGCAAUUGGGAGGGGUGUAAACCCCCCAACUGGCGGGAUGCAGUCAGAAAUCGGCUGUAAUUCAAGCCGCGCCGCUUUGCUCAAUUCAUCUGAUGCAGUCGGCAAUGGACAAUUCAUUUAUGACUGGAGAGACACGUUGACACUUCCAAAUAGGCCCUGUCUGUUGAUUUAUUGUCAUAUCAUGUAUGCGUCUGUCAACGAUAUGCGGAGGCAUCAUGUAUGUUGUGGCCGUCUGAGAAAAUCUUUUAAGGGAAAAUAUUUAAGGGGCAAAAACUUGAUUUAACGUGUCUUUUUGUAAAAUGCCCCUCUACGGUGAUUAAACUAAUUUGGCUAAAAGCAGUUUUGUAAAGCGCACUUAUGUUCAGUAAUUUAAAAUCCCAUUUGCAACUGGCCGAGUGCUUUGGCACCAAUACCAAUACCCGCCAUUCGCCACUAAGUGAUGGUGACGUCACCACGGUGCGUGUGCCAGGCCAGGUGCACUUUGAGGCCACGGGAAGUGUCAAAGGCUCGUUGACAGGAGGUCUCGGGACAGACCCAGGUGCCAUGGGUUGGCUGACUGAGAUGACUCGUAGAUGCACCAGCUGUAUCCCCUACUGUGCCAACUUGUGCUGUAUUUUAUCCACCCGGCGCUCUGCUCAUUGUUGUGAGCAUCGCUUCUCCGCCCUCCAUUGUUGCUGGAGGGCGACUGCCUCCAACUGCCCAGUAGCAGCCUUCACGAGCCUCCUCCAUAGAGACCGAUCUUGACACCGCUGGUACCAGUCGUCGGCAAGUCCACUCAACUCCACAUCCUCCCGUGCAUUGGCUCGCACACUUGUAAACCAGUGCAAUAAUAGCUAAUGCACGUUUACUCACACGCUGUGGCCAAGAAAUGGGAGGGAGUACAAAUGGUGCCAUGCCCAAUCUGUGUUGAUUUUAUCGUGUUAUCCCAUCAUGCGUGCGGGUUUUCUCCUGGCCUUCCUCCUACACGCAAACCACUCAUUAUUAAAAAGAGGAAUUGACCAAACAUCGUAAUGCAGAACACCUCCUGGAAAAAAGUCUCGUCAUAGCGAGGCUUUCUCUGCUUGGAGGACACUUUCUCUUUUCUCUGGUUUUUAGAACUAUAACGAGUGACUGGGGGAAGCUGUGGUGCAGUGCCUCAUGAAGCCAGUGACAAAGUUCAAUUCCCAGCCAAGGUUAACGCCAAUGACGAACGAUAUCUGAACAAGUUCUGGGGCCUCCCCUUUGUGAACUCGCACUUUGUGAAGUAUGGUCAGUAAACCACACGGCCUUUCCACAGAGUGUAGAGAGGCUGUACAUUAUUAUUACUGUCUUAUAAAAACUUGUAUUAUAUGUUGAAUUUACAAUCGCUUAAUUUGUAACCCUAUUGUUCGAUAUAGCUUUCUUGACGUCUAUAGAGAGGACUUACGCAAUGAUGGAGUUAUGGAAAUGUGGCUCCCAAAGUCAGCAGAUGUUGGGAUUGCAGUUUACAGGAUAACAGAUAAUCGUAAUGUCGUAAUGUGUUGACCCAAGAAAGCAUUGUCGAGUCCAAAGACUUUUUUUUCACGAGUCCUGCUUAAAUUGUCUUUUAUAAUUUAUUUCUAUAACAUGUAUUGUUUAAUGAGGGAGGAAACUGGGUUUCCGAGAUAUAACCGACACAAGAGAAGAACACUCAAUAUAUCCUCGGUUGAGAUGCCUACUUUCUGUACUGCAUCUUACAGGCAUCCUUUUUCACUGCUUUUGGAGGUGUAUGUAUGUCAUGCAAGUGAUCUUGGCGCGUAAUGCACAUUUAGCCUGAAUGUCAAUCACAGUUUUGUAAUCAACGAAUUGUCUUCAUACUUUUGUGGUUGAGUCAUAUGUAAAACGCACCUCCACGUUCAGUUAUUACUUUUUUUUACAUUAUUUAAAUUAAUAAUAACGACACGUUUGUUGUGUGCAUCGAACUGUGCAAUUAAAAACAAAUUUUGCUAACGGAAUCAAUGCAAGCGGGGUUCCGGAGUGCGCCGCACGUCUUCGUUACAGAAUCCUCCAGCAAGCGCGCGGCACUGCGAACCUCUCAAACGCAUUCCUUUUUUAGUUUUUGUGCACCGUUACGCCGCGGUGUUCAAACCUGCGGCGGUGAGACGUUGACCCUGGGAGGCAGCCCGCAAUGCAUCUCCGGCCGAGAAGAUAUUCCAAGAAGCGCGCCGACGUCUCCGCCGUCGGAGUCUUCGCGACGGCGUCGGCGGGGGGGGGGGGGUUUGAGUUGUCUGCGGUGUCGCGCGCGUGGACGGUGCCCCGGGGGGGCUGCUACGCACGUCAGCCCGAGGGCCAUGCGCCGACGUGGCAGGAGGAGGCCGUCCGCCCACCCCGGCACGACUUGUGUGACCUCGGCUAGAGGCUUCUCCACGGCACAAGUCGCUGCCGAGAUUGGCUGGAGUGCGGCGCCACCCGCCAACCCAAACAUCUGCGUCCUUUAUUGCAACUUUUUCUCUCUAUUUUUUUAAAGGUUUUUUUGGGCACUGAAUUUUUAUGAUGAUGAUGAAGACUGACGCUGGGAAGGUUGCUGCUCACAAUUGCUUUACGCGAUGCUGAUCAUAACUUUUACUGUAAGUGUGUACUUGCCACCUUUUUUUGUUGCGACGGCACAGGUGUAUGAGGGUGCACGCUGUGGACUGACACGAGAAGGGUCUCUGGUGGAUGAGGAAAAAAAACGAAUGCGCGUCUCCAAGCGCU